AUGCCACCUCCUCUCCUCUUCUUCUUCCUCCUCUUCCUCACCCCGGUGGGAGUCAGGCCCCAGAAAUCUCGGCUGGUGGAAGCUACAGAGGGAGGCAAUGCUGUGCUGUCGUGUCUUUCCUCCGAGGAUAACCACGAUCAGGUGGCCUGGUAUCAGGCGUGCCAGGCGCAGCGGAACCGGAGCCGAGGGCUGCCAGGCCUGGGCACCCAGGUGUGGCCCCCGGGCAUCCUGCUGCUCAUCUCCAACAUCUCUGACGAGAUGGGGGGCUUCUACCUGUGCCAGCAGGGGCCCCCUUCCGAGCAGGCCUGGCAGCCUGGCUGGGCAGUCAGCGUGAACGGCAGCGGGGAGCGGUUCCGCUGGAAGGCUUCAAACCCAGAUGACCCGGGCUGUGACCCGGGGAACAGGUCUGCAGAGGACCUGGGGCCCUCGUCUGAUGGCCUCACAAGCUCCCAGCUAUACGUAUGGGCCGAAGACCACCCCGAGCUCAGGGAGAAAGACCCUGCCUGUGCCCCCCCUCAGGGCAGCUCAAACCAAGACCUCACAGUGCCCCCUGGCUCCACGCUCUGUCUGCCCUGCGGGGUGCCUUCUGCUUCUGUGGCCAGAGGACCCGUCUCCUGGAUCCACGUGCACCCCGGAAAGCCCAACAUCUCAUUGCUGAGCCUGAACCUGAGCGAGGAGGCUCCCGUCAGAGAGAUGUGGGUCCUGGGCACCCUCAGCGGAGGGGUUGUUCUGUGGCUGCAUCAGGCCACGGCUCGAGAUGCUGGCGCCUAUCAUUGUUACCAUGGCAACAGGACCGUUGAGAUGCAGCUGAAAGUCACUGCCUGGUCAGUGCGGCGGUGGCUGCUGAAGGCUGGAGGCUGGCGGGUCCCGGUGGCGGCCUUGGUGUACCUGAUCUUCUGCAUGGGCUCGGUGGCCGGCUUCCUUUACCUGCGAAGAGCCCUGACCCUGAGGAGGAAAAGAAAGCGAAUGACAGACCCCACCAGAAGGUUCUUCAAAGUGACGCCUCCCCCGGGCAACGGGGCCCACAGCCAGUACGGGAACGUGCUCUCCCUGUCCUCGCCCACGGCUGGCACGGGACGCUUCCACCGGUGGGCUACAGGCCCGGCCGCCGCCGUCCAGUCCUACGGAGUAAACCCGUACAACGAGGUCCAGGAGGCUGGAGCCGCGGGGUCCCGGAGCCGGACCGGGGCAGCUGGCCCAGACGAAGAAGAAGGGGAGGCGUAUGAGGAGCCGGACAGUGAGGGGGGCUCCUAUGAGAACGACUCCAACCUGGGCCAGGACCAGCUCUCCCAGGAUGGCAGCGGCUACGAGAACCCUGAGGACGGGGCCCUGGGUCCCGAGGAAGAAGACUCCUUCUCCAAUGCAUCUGAGCUGUAUGAGAACGAGGACGAAGAGCUGGCCCAGCCCGUGGCCAGGACAAAAGACUUCCUGAGCCCCCCUGGGACUGCCUGGGACCCCAGCCGGGAGGCAACAUCCCUUGGGUCCCAGUCCUAUGAGGACAUGAGAGGGAUCGUGUAUGCCGCCCCCCAGCUCCGCUCCCUUCGGGCCCCGCCUGGCCCCAAUCACGAGGAAGAUGCGGAUUCUUAUGAGAACAUGGACAAUCCUGAUGGGCCAGAACCAGCGUGCGGAGGAGGGAGCCACAAGGGCGCCUGGAGCUCCCGCUGA